UCUCCUUCGGCGGCGAGAGUGAGUGCGCCGGACUGUUUUUUUUUCUUUUUUUAAUGAGAUGCCGAUCAUAUGGUCGCGGCGACCGCGUUCCCGUCCCAUCGGAUUGUGUAACGUUCAUACUCGUCGUUGGCAGGUGGGCGAUGAAACGGCAUGGCGAAUCGCGAUUUUCCUCGCUCCUUCGGACGGGGACGCGCGAGGCUCGUUGGUUAAGUUCGUCCGAAGCGUCGUCGGCGAUGCUCCGAACCGAAUCGCGUGUCGCCUCCGUAAUUAAUUACAUUCUCUCCGAUCGCAGAUUUGCGCGAGUAUUCGUUUGUUUACGCGCGAUUUUAACAACCGUAUAUUUAGGAUUUUAGCCUGAUGUAUAGGUUAGCAUGUAUAACGAGCAAUAAUCAAGAUUACAUUUGUUUUCGUCCUCUUUUUUGUUUUAUCGCAGCGUGACAGAAGAAAGUCACGAAUAAAUUUCUCAUUACUACUGCUAACUGCAUUGAUAUGAUUAACUUGUUGAAGCAGAUUUGGAAAGAAAGGGAAAUAAAGUCGUGAUAAGUUUAAUAAUAAUUAAAGGGUUAACAAUGGGUUAACAUUUUACAAGAACGGAAGGAACUGUAAAGCAGAAAAAUACACCGGUUUUCAUCAAUAUCACAUAUUCGGCUUUGUGGAUUAGCCCAUUGAUUAGCCCUUCAAUUUUUUGCUUAUAUCAAGUUUAUCAAGUUUAAUUUGUUUAUUAGCAGUUGUUAUUCUUGAUUAUUACGGCUGUGUUUGUGAUUUAGAAACAGGGUAGAAAAUGUCAGAACCCGAGGAAAGUCUGGCAGCGCCGGAUAGUACCACAAGGGAACAGCGGGUCGGUUUCUCUCAUGGAGACGAUGUUCUUCAACACAGAGAUGGCAAAUAUUACCUUGGUACAGUUGUCGAGGUGGACUUGGCGAGGGAAAGAUGUCUUGUCAAAUUUCUGGACAACACAUCUUCCUGGUCGUUGUUUAGGGAGCUGACAAAAUUGGCUAUGCCAGACUCGGAUGUUAUGUGUGUUCUUUGCAAGAAAUCUCAGCCUAAGACUGACAAUGACAUUGUUGUUUGCGACAAAUGUGGCCGUGGCUACCAUCAAAUGUGUCAUCAGGUAUGCUGGCCUGAAAUACCAAAACCAGAGCCAGGUAAAGAUAUUAACUGGAUAUGUAAGAGAUGCACAGAUAGCCAGCCACGUAUGCGUGAUUCUUGCGAGCCAAAAAAUUCUAUGGUUAAAGCAAGCAUCAGAAAAGUUUGCAGCGGUAGGGACCAACCUCAACCACCACCAGAUGACAUGACAAAAUUGCCAUAUGAUCCUGACAUGUUAAAUUGGGAUCAUCAUCACAGAGUGAACGCUGAGCAAAUUUAUUGUUACUGUGGGCUUAACGGUGAAUGGUAUGCACAGAUGUUACAAUGCGGUCGUUGUAAACAGUGGUUUCAUGAAAAGUGCAUCAGGUGCUUAACUUAUCCUUUGUACAGUGGUGAUAGAUUUUAUGUAUUUGUUUGUUCAAUGUGCAAUCAUGGGAAAGAAUUUGUUCGGCGUUUAGAAAUGAAAUGGGUGGAUUUGGUGCACCUGAUGUUGUACAAUCUGACUGUUUAUAACGCUAAAAAGUAUUACGAUUUGGACACUGUUAUCAUACCUUACGCAAAUGACAACUGGUUGACCUUACAACUUCCACCACGGAUUAAAGAAGCCAGUGUUGAAGUACGCAGGCAAACAAUAUUGACAGUAUUGACAAACAAUAGAAACAGGUUCAAGUGUGGUAAAGAAAUAAAGAAACGUACUACAAUAUGGGGCCUCCGUACCAGACUGCCACCACCUUCUCCGUUUAUCAAUUUUCCAAUGUCUGGCGAGAUAGACGAUUCUGUGUUACGUAGAUGUUGGGCUGGUAAUAAAAGACUGCAAUAUCUUCCUCCACCAACAGGUCCGGUGAGUUUGCCGGAAAGUACAAGACAAUUAAUUGCGUUAAAGCAAAGGGUGGCAGAGAAUGUAGAAAUAUCUGUGAGUCCUACACAUAUGGUAAUGCGAGGUACAAUUUAUCAAAAUUCGGAAGCAGAACAAAGUUCGUGUCCAAGUCCACCUCCAUUAACAGAAUCCAGUCAGUCAAUAGAAUCUUUAAGAAAUAGAUAUUGCAAUAUAGGCGGCGGUUUUGUAAAAAAAUCAUUCCCAUUUCCUAAGUUGAGUGUACAAAAAAGACUUCGUCGUCUAUUACAAUUAAACAGUUCACGAUCAAGAAUACUACGUAAACAGAAGAAAAGAGAGAAAGCAGAUAGUUCCAAGGAUAGAUCGCUAGACGAACGAGAAGCAACAUGCAGAAAAGCAAGGAUAUUAUUGAAGAAUGCUAGAAGAAUUGCCAAAGUAAAGGAAAGGAAGAGCAAACCACAGAGCUCGGAAGCAUCCGAUUUACCACCAACACCUCCAACCUCCGUUUCUGGACCACCAACGCCACCGGCUGCAACAUCAGGUAUAUCCGAGCUGUCUGUGCCUAGUUCCGUGGAUCUGAUGCAUCCCCUGCCACCCUCGACGCCUGCGGACACAAGUGGGGACGAGACCAGUUCAAGAGGAACUCUCGAUUCUUUUAUUCCGCCACCCAAAGAUUUCGAGGGAAAGAACAAUCCAUUCAGCGAUCUAGCGGGCACGCCUUGCAGCCUUAAUCAAGCAAACACGAGUACGCCGUUACCUUACAACCAGUGUCCCAUCACCUUGCCUCUGCCACUGACGCCCGUGAUCUCGCAACCGCCAGUGGUACGUCCAGCCAAGAGACAGUUAUCAGAGAAGGAUAUUAUCGUUGACAGAAACGGGCAGGUGAAACGUAGACGGCAACAUCGACGGGGACGUCCGCCCGCCCAACCGCAAGUCCAGCAGCAAUUUCAGCCUACCGCUAGCAAGACAGCGGCUAUUCUACCGGCUCGUAAUAACGAAGUUAAAAGUGAAUUUGCCAGGAAUUUAAGAAGUUCAUUUAAUGGUGCCUCGAGCAGUGCAAGUAGUCAAAUUGGGAAUUGUGUGGAUUACGCCUUAAAUGGUAGGAGGUUGAGACAGCGGCAAAGUAAUGAUAAAUUACCUCCCCCCGAUCCGCAGCCGCAACGGAAGGGCAGUAUGUCUUCAUCUCCAAAGUGUUCGCCUGUGAAGCAAAGUGCGCCCGACAUAUCUCUGGAUGAUCUGAAAUCAUCGGUGAAUAUUUACUUCGGUGCAGCUAACAGAAUAGCUGCUGGUGAAAAGUUCAUCCUCAAAGCGAAGAGGAUAGGGCCAAACGGUCAGACACAAUACCUCAUCGAAUGGGAGGGACUCAAUACUUAACGGUAAAUAAUCCGCUUACUACGAAUAUAUUGCAAUCGUAUACAAAUUUUAAGUUGAGAUCAAGCGUACGAUGGCGAUCAACCUCAUCGGCAACUUGAUAAUCAAUUCUCUCGAUUUGCUUUUACAGCAAAAUAAUUGUGAUCGAUUGUUUUGCGUUACAUGCACUGCCACUUGUUACGUACAUUUCAUUAAGAAUGUAUGUAUUUAUCGGCGUAGAAUAUGUGAAUGUUCUUGUAAACGUACAUUUCGCAUUUCGUUGAAUUAUCAAUCUGAAUCGUGCAAGAGAUUUUUGUUACGCUCAAUAGACAUUAAAUUGUUAGACAAUGAAUUUCGUCGCAGCAUUUAAAAUAAAACUGAUUUGCCGAAUA